AUGAUUUCUAUUAGAAACGCUGCUUCUAAAUUAUCUUCAUCAGCAACAAAUCCAUCAUUUCGAUCACCUUCUGAAAAGGACAAAGAUAACGAAGAUAAUCAAUUAGAUUUAUUUAAUCAUGAUCGAAUCGAAUCAUUUGAAGAUUUAAAAAAUCAAUGUAUACAUGAACAUAAACAAGGUCGUUAUUCACGUAUGUUACUUAACAUAAAUGAUCAUGAACCUGUUAUUAAAUCGGAUUCUAUUAAAACUAAUGUUGAAGAUAUUUUUGGACCUUUUGUUGAAAAUAUAGAUAGUUUAACAGCUGAUGAUUUAUUACUUAAUCCUGUUGCACCACAGCAUAUUCAAUAUUUAUGGUCUACUAAACAUCGACCAUGUAAAUCUAGAGCUUUAAAAAAAGUUCACAAUGGUUAUGAUUGGAAUCAUUAUUAUAAAAAACAUUAUGAUACAGAUCACCUGCCAUCAACACUUAUUCAGGAUUAUAAAUUCCAUAUCUUCUACCAGAAUUUGAAUGAUAAAACUACAACACCAUUAUACAGCCUUACGAUUUAUGAAGAUACUCCACAUUUUUCAAUUCUCAGAUUCCAUGCUAUAUCACCAUACGAAGAUACUGCAUUUCCAAUUAUUACUAUUCGAAAAGCUUUUCCCGAAGAUCAAACUUUGCCAGCCGUCGUCGUACCUGGACGACAAACUGAUUAUCAAUGCAAUUCGGCUAUGCCUAUUGCUCAGAGAUUAACUGCAGCGGGCAAAAAAAUUGUACCAACAGAAGUUGUCAAAAUAAUUGUUGCAAAUCUUCCUCAACAUGAGAUGAUUGGAAAAAUUGAAUAUUCUGGACCAGGUUUUAUUAAUGUUACUAUUUCUGCAACAUUUGUUUCCAAACAAAUUCGCAAUAUUCUAUUGAAAGGUGUUUUACCACCCAAUGUUUUAAAUACGGUUGGCAAUCAUAGAAGUCAGAAUGAAAAUAAAAAGCCGAAAGUUGUCAUUGACUUUUCAUCACCAAAUAUUGCUAAAGAAAUGCAUGUUGGACAUUUACGAUCAACCAUCAUUGGUGAUAGUAUUGCUCGUCUUCUUGAAUAUGCUGGUUUUGAUGUAGUUCGAUUAAAUCAUCUUGGUGAUUGGGGUACUCAAUUUGGUAUGCUUAUUGCUCACUUACAAGAUAUUUAUCCUGAAUAUAAAACGAAAUCACCAUCAAUUAGUAAUCUUUUGUCAUUUUAUAAAGAAUCAAAAAAACAUUUUGAUUCUGAUCCUGAAUUUAAACAACGAGCUUAUGAAUGUGUUGUUAAACUUCAAGCAUUUGAUCCAAAUAUAAUUCAUGCAUGGAAACUCAUAUGUGAUGUAUCUCGACAAGAUUUCGAAUAUAUUUAUAAAGAACUUGAUAUUAAAAUAAUUGAUCGAGGUGAAUCUUUUUAUCAAAGCAGAAUGAUUGAUCUUAUUAAAGAACUUGAAUCGAAAAAUUUAUUAAAAUUAGAAGAAGGUCGUCAAGUAAUGUUUGUACCUGGAAUUGAUGUUCCAUUAACAAUUGUUAAAACUGAUGGAAGUUUUACAUACGAUACAAGUGAUAUGGCAACAAUAAGACAACGUCUAAUUGAAGAAAAUGCUGAUUGGCUUAUUUAUGUUAUUGAUUCGGGUCAAGCUCUUCAUAUGCAAUUAAUUUUUGCUGGAGCAAAAUUAGCUGGAUGGUCUGAUAGAAAGAAUGUUCGAAUGGAUCAUGUUGGUUUUGGUGUUGUACUUGGUGAAGAUGGCAAAAAAUUAAAAAGUCGAUCCGGUGAAACGAUUCGUUUACGAGAUUUACUUGAUGAAGGUAUUGAACGAUCAAUAGCUAAAUUACAAGAAAAAAAUCGACAUAAUGUAUUAACAUUUGAAGAAUUUGAAAAAGCUCAAAAAUCAGUUGCAUAUGGUUGUAUUAAAUAUGCUGAUUUAUCGCAUAAUCGAAAUUCUGAUUAUAUAUUUUCAUUUGAUCGAAUGCUUGAUGAUCGAGGAAAUACAGCUGCUUAUUUACUUUAUGCUUAUACUCGAAUUCGAUCUAUUGCUCGAACAGCUGGUGUUGAUCAUGCAGUAUUAAUAGCAAUGAUACAUGAUAUUGACCUUAAUUUUGAAAUUGAAGAACGUGAAUUAAAAUUAGCUAAAUGUAUUAUUAAAUAUUCUGAUGUAUUUACACGAGUACUUGAUGAAUUAUUAAUGCAUGGUUUAUGUGAAUAUAUGUAUCAAUUGGCAACAACAUUUACUGAUUUUUAUGAUCGAUGUUAUUGUGUUGAAAAAGAUAAAACAACUGGUAAAGUUCGAAUUAAUUAUCGACGAAUACUUUUAUGUGAAGCAACAGCAAAUGUAUUGAAACAAUGUUUUGAAAUUUUAGGUAUUCAACCAUUAGAACGAAUGUAA